AAUCUGGUGACCAGCUGUAACAAAGAAAACGAACAACGAAAAAUAGUCUCGAAAGUGAAAGUAGCUCAGGCUACGUUGACGUAUUGUGUGACGUUUUAAGCUUGGUAAGCCUACCAAAGCUUAUAAAAAGAGGUGGCUGGCCACAAUCACACGACACAAGUGCAAUGUAUUAGAUCUAUGACAUAGCCCUACAUUCUAACGUAGCCUAGACUACAGUUGGUACCUGGAGAAUAGGCCAGGGCCAGGUCACAUAUUGAGUCAUUGAGUUUUAUUUCGAGACCAAAUCUACGCCAAAGUUCAACUUUAAAUUAAAAAAAUAAAAGUAGUGUUGUGAAGAUGUCGGCUCUGGAUAAAGUGUUCACCGAGCUUAAUCGAAAGGAGUUGAAAGAAAAGGGCUACACAGUUGUAAGAGGCGUGUUUCCCAGAGAGGUGUGUGAUGAGUAUCAGGGUGCGUAUCGUGACUGGCUGAACGGAUUCCCAGAAGGUACCUGGCCUCAGACCAAACACUCCCUCAUUCAAAAGUACAGUGUUGGUCAUAUGAGCACCUCCUGGGAUAUCAGGCUUAAGUGCUAUCCUGUCUUUUCUCAGUUGUGGAAAACAGAAAAGUUGCUGUCGAGUAUUGAUGCUAUUGCUGUAGGAAGGCCUCCUGAAGAAAAUGAGGAAAUAUUUUGGGCUCCUGGCCAGUCAUGGCUGCAUGUUGACCAGCCGGCCUACAGACUAGGACUCCAUGCAUAUCAAGGGGCAGUCUACCUGGAAGAUUGUGAAGAAGAGGACUGGACUUUUGAAGUUGUUGAGGGUUCGCAUAAACAUUUUGAUGAUCUUCACAACAGAAUUGGUCAAAAACGCUGCACCAAACUGACUCCUGAGGAUUUAGAAUGGCUGACAGAGAAAGGUUGUAGGCUUACAAGAGUUCCGUGCCCAAAGGGGGGUAUGGUGUUGUGGGAUUCGAGACUCCUGCAUGCUAAUGCACGUCCUAUAGAAGGCAGGAGAAACCCAGGUCGUUGGAGGUGGGUCGUCUUCGUGUGUAUGACUCCAGCAGUUUGGGCAAAAAAAUUAGAUCUGAAGUUGAAGAAACAAGCUUAUGAAAAUCUACAGCUUACGUGCCAUUGGCCGUCAAGAGGCGUCUUUAUUUUCUCCUCAAAACUUGAAGAAGGUAUGACAGAGGAUCCGAACCCACUCAACACACUCCCGGAAAUAGCUACUCGUGAUACGGCAAAGAGACUUAUGGGCCUGUUGCCUUAUGAAGGGGAUAAUAAUAAAUCUGUUCAUACUUUGGAGUUUGAUGCUGAAAAAUUUAAGGAUCAAAUGACAGACAAUGACAGGAAACUUUUAGAAGAAAAUGACGAAGAUUGUGAGCUUCCCCCUCCCUAUGAGCCUUUCAGUCAUCUGGUUAUUCCAACCUCUCGAGCAUAACAAAUUUGUAUUUCUAUUUUUACAUUCCUGAAGUUGUAGUCAUUAAAAAAAUGUCUUGGAGGCAACUUUGGGAUAUUUUUCUUAACCCUUUGUCUCCAUUUUUUUUUUCCACCCUUGGACGGAAUAUACUUGUAUAGUGGGCUAUAAUUUCUCCUUAAAUUAAGCUACAGCAGUGUUUUAUACCUCAUAAAAAAUGGAAAUGAAUGUAAAGUCAGCGUAAGUAAAAUGCGUGGCCAAAAUAUCAAAUUGUAAUUCAUUGCAAUAAUACAAACUGAACGGAAAACAUUGUAAAACAAUAAUAUCAAAUUUGCGAAACAUCAACAAAAAGAAAUAUAUAUAUAUUUAUUAUAUAGAUCUAUAUAUAAAUUACUAUGGAAUGUUUUUAUGUGUAGUUUAUUCAAUCUACUUACAUUUUUGAAUGCGUAUUUUUCAUUGUAAAAAGAUAAUUUUUCGCAAAGUUACCACCUUUUUUGGACAGUCAGCUAAGCUUGGAAGUUGUUACCCAGCAGCCACAGACUGGAACAAUGCCCUAUUAAAAAACAUCUCUUUUCAUUUAAACUAUCAUUAAACUAAUUGAACAGACCCACAUAAGGAGAAAACCUAACAUCUAUGCAUAGAAUACUAGUCGUACUAUGAAUGUAUUGGGUGAUUUUUUUGUGUUUAUUUGGAAGUAAACUAUGGUGUUCUCAUCGGCUAGUGGCACAAGCCACUUGUCCUAAUGUGGCCAUCUCACUAACUGGUUCCACGGGCCACUCUGAGACAAUGGAUUAAGACCCCAAUCUGUUUCAUUUCAUUCUGUUUUAAAUGUUGCACUGGUUACAUUUUCAAAGAAAUUUAAGAAUAAAAUCUCUUAAGACUUUACUCAGAGUUAUACUUACUACACAAGAAUUUUAUUACCUAAUUUGUUAUUUUAUAAUAUGUAUUACAUGUGCCAUAUUUUCAUAAGCUGCUGUUCUUGCAUGGUCCUCAAACUGGGAUAGAAAGUCUUGCAAUUUUACUCAUGGCUUGUUGAAGUUCUGGCACCAAAUUGGGACCCUCGUUGUUCAUUUUUUGUUAAAAAGCAUCAAAUAGUUUGGCUAAUUCAAUUGAAUUGUCAAAUUUUUAAAUAUUGGUAACCUCUUCUUUUACUAAGGGACGAGGAGAAUUAAGUGAGUUUGUAGAUUUGUUAUAGUGUGGUUUGAUACAAUGGUGCUGAAUACAUCUACUACAUGGUAUGUAUAGUGUAUGGUGGCCUUUGUAAUGUUUAUUCUGAACCAGUAAUGUCCAGAAGCCAAGAAAAAUUGGUUGUUUUUUGUUUGUCUUUUAGAUGUUUAACAAGGGGGGGGGGGGUGUUCUGUAUUUAAAAUGAUAAACAUGAGGAUGAAAAUGAUGGCUGAUGUGACAUAUUUUUGUGAUUUUAAGCUUUAACAAAGACAGAAAAUACAAAAGUAUUUUUCUAUGUGCAUGUAUGUAAAUUUAAAGUAAGAAAUCAUGUAUUUCCACAUGUGUUGAUGUAUUUCUGAACUAAUUUCACUAAGCAGAAGGUUUUAGAGUUUUUAAAAGACAUAAAUUAUAAAGUAGCCCCAAAAUUAUGUUUAUGUUAAAGUUGAAAACAUUUUUUGGGUAUCAAAUUUUUAGCUCAAGAUAAGGAUAAAAGUAUUGUAUGCAAAACAUAUAAAGUUGACCUGUAGUUCUAUGUCAUUUGAACUUAGAAGUUGAAGGAUAAAGACUGGAGAUCUUUAAGAUUUUUAUUAUUUUUCUUGUGGCUUGCUUGGACAUAGCUGUAACUUGUUUGUUUUUUCUGACAUUCCAAAUUUGCAGGAGAUUCAAGUUGUGAUAAUCAAAAUGUAAUGUAGCGACGUAUUUUUACUCUUGAUGUUUCUACUAUUUGCAUGUUGAUGUGAUGUAAGCCUACCUCCCUUUAUUCCCAAUGGACUGAUGUAUGCUGAUAGUGACAGAUGUGAUGGUUAAUAGGUUCUUUACCCUGCACGCAAAAGAUGAGUAUUCAGUUUCUGUGCGGAGGAGCCUAUUUUAAUCUUAUCAACCAUCUCAGUCUUUCUGCUGGGAUACUGUAUCAUCUGUGCCAGGGUUGAUCCCUACAUGCGAGGUCAAAACAACCUGCUUCCUAAAUUAUCUCAUGAGUUAUGUUGACAGAGACGGUAAACAGUAAAAUCAUUUCUCCGCAGGGUUCUGAGAAAUUUUCUGUCUUUUUGGUUUUAUAUCUCAGAGAAAUUUAUUUAAGAGGAGUAAAUGCAUGUUAUUGAUUAUUUAACUUAUUUUUAUACCUACUUUAAGUUUUACUCCUAUGUAAUAUAAUAUUAAUGUUCAACCCCUAAAGAGACCCUAAACGAUGCAACAGGAUAUAGGAAAUCAAACAUUAUUAUAUCAUUGCACUUUUUUUUAAAGCAACUGGCAUUUUUGCCUGUAUUAUGCACUAUCAUCAUUAACAUCAUCCUCAUCAAGCGCCUGAUCUAGGACAGACAAUUCCUUUGUUGAUGCUCUCAAAAAAGCUACAUUAUCCUGAUCUUUCCCAGUUACCCAUCUAUUAAGAUCCUCCAAGUAGGUUGCUCUGUGUCAACAACUACCCCUGCCUCCUGUAGCCUUCAAUUUUGUCAGUGAAAGCUACAUGUUCAAGGCCUUUAUGUUUCUUCAAGUGUCCCUGAAACUGCAUUUUUUGGUCUUUUCCUGAUUGUUUUAAUCAUUGAGCGGCCUGCGUGGCUUCUUCAUCAGGUGCAUUUUGUACUACUUUGUUUGAUUUCUUUUCCUUGCCAUCAUCUCAGAGCCAUAAAUGAAAUGUGGAACAAUGCAGCCCUUAAACUGUUGUGUCUAGUGCUGAAAUUGGUGUGGUUCACUCCUACUUCCUACUUCAAUAGAAACUUUGAAGUAAUGUUAUAAAUAUUAUGAUCGCAAUUUUACUAAAUCGGAAUGUUGUUUUAUUUCAGUAUUAUAACUGAAGUACAAUGAAUGUCCGUUGAUUGGCUUUUGUCAGGUUAAGAAAUGGAUAAAGUGCAAAAAUUAAGGAGAUGAUGAUUUGAUUGAGUUUCGGCCAUUUUUAAUUCCAGCCUAUGAUUGUGUUCUCUAUAUAUAUAAUCUAAUGUUCUAAUCAUGUUACUGAGUUCUUGAAAAACGUUCAGCUUGCAAAGAAAACCUCUCACUAAUUGAUGAGAAAGUAAAGGUUAGCCCUCACUAUUGUACUUACAAAGACUAUAUUUCAGAUGAGAUACAUUGACUUUAGCAAUGGUUUUAGAAACAAAAAAAUGUAAAACCUAGCCUAUUUCUUUCACUACUUUCAGUUAAAUGGUUAAGGCAUUAUAUGUAUAAAUGUCCAAUCUUGAAAAUGGGGUCGGGUCAGGGACCGCAGCUAUGGUCUGUCAGCGACCUUAUAAAAUUUAUAAUAGAGAUAGCUUUGAAUUUAAUGUGAAGUUGAAUAGAGUAGCAAUAACGAUGAUGUAGAAAGAUUUGUGUUGUCGUUAUAAAUAUCAUAUAUGAGUCAUAAUAAUAAAAGAAAAAGAACAAAACUUUAAUUGUUAUUUUCUAAUGGAGUAAGACUUCGUCCCCUCUUUGAUUCAUAUUGUAUGUAGUUUUUCUAUUUUUUGGCACUGCAGUGGGUAAGAUCAACCUUAAGUGGUGUUAAUGUUCGUUAUUGGGAUUUGUUUGCUUUAGUGCUAUACUAUAUGCUACUGGGUCGCCAAUUACUGUUAAUGAUUUCUUGAUUAAUUUGUGGAAUAAGUAGUCCUAGUGAACUUAUUGUAUGUCUCUGUUGAAUUAUGUUGAUUAUUAUAUACCGGGUGCUUUGACUUUUUGAAUUAUAUUUUUUAUUAUAUCAUACACUAUCUCUACUGUGCACAAACUGUAUAAUACAUUUACGGGUAGAGAUGAAAAAUAAACAGAAAUUAUAUAUCCUUUCCUCAAUAAAUGAAAAUCAUG